AUGCAGUUGCCCGAAGUUAGACUUCUCACUUUGCAAUUUAAUUUAGGUUGGUAUGCUGUCUCAUCUUCAGCUGCCCUUCCCGUCGAUCUACCUACAGCGUAUCAAACGGCUAGAGGUUACCAAUGCUCGCAAAAGCUACGCUUUAUUGCCCUCAAAGCGGUCCUCCCCCAGGCCUCCAGCUUGUCAGGUGCCCAUGUUUCCUUGGUGGAUUAG